AUGUUUGCAGUGACUCUUUGGCUUGGAAACACUGCAUACCUCUAUAUAUCCGUAUCAUUUGCCCAAAUGUUAAAAGCAAUAAUGCCCGUAGUCGUUUUUGCUCUUGGUGUAGCAGUUGGACUUGAAGCAAUGAGUUGCAGCAUGCUUCUUAUAAUGUCUGUAAUAAGCUUUGGAGUUUUAGUGGCAUCUUAUGGAGAAAUCAACAUCAAUUGGGUUGGUGUUGUUUAUCAAAUGGGAGGUGUUGUUGGUGAAGCAUUGAGGCUCAUAUUCAUGGAGAUUUUGGUGAAAAGAAAGGGUGUUAGACUAAACCCCAUUUCCAUGAUGUUUUACGUCAGCCCAUGCAGCGCUGUAUGCUUGUUUGUUCCAUGGAUCUUCUUGGAGAUGCCAAAGAUGGAGUCAUGGAGCUUUCGGCCUUUGGUGCUAGCUUUCAAUUCCCUUUCUACUUUUGCUCUCAAUUUAUCGGUUUUUCUUGUGAUACAACAUACAAGUGCUUUAACUAUUCGUGUUGCUGGAGUUGUUAAAGAUUGGGUGGUUGUCUUGUUGUCUGCCAUCCUUUUUGCCGAUACAAAGCUCUCCAUGGUCAAUCUCUUCGGUUAUGCUAUAGCCAUUGGUGGUGUAGCUGCAUACAAUAACCACAAGUUAAAAAAAGAAGCAUGUGAUGAAACUUCUGCUGGUUCCAAGCUUUCGACUACAAGAACUAUAUCACCCCCUACAUCAGCUUCUGUUUAG